AUGUCAUCUCUGCAAUUCUCUGCAGCUUUGGUUUGUCGUCCAUCCGCUUCUUCACAACUCAUCCCCAUUGCUUCGUGUGUCGUUGAUUCGAGUAGUGCAGCUGGGAACUCAUCCUCACCAUUCACCCGUCAUCCUCCAUCACAGAAAGAUCUCUGUGCGGCUCUCUACUCACAAAUUCGAAUCCAUUUCACCAAUCAUGGACGCUUUGUUUAUGAUGGAUUCACAAUCCACUACAGCGUUGUUGUGGCUGAUCCAUGUACAUUGAUCUACGUUGUUGUGAGUGAAGGAGGAGAACCUGAUCCAUCGGCUAUUACUGCACAAAAGUUGAUGACGGAUAUACAAGGAGCUUUGUUAUCCGAAGCCCAAUUGUUGAUGUUGAUGCCGCAGUCAUCGGAAAACGAACUUGAGCCCCACAUUCAGCCGAUGCUCACCCAAUUCUUGAUGACCGAGAAUAAUCAACAAGUCGGACAGACACAACGAAUGCAAGAGCUGAGGGCUCAAGUCGAGGAUGUGAAAACGAUAAUGAGCGAGAAUGUGGAGCGAAUGAUGGAAAGGGGAGAUCGAUUGGAGAAUAUCACAGAGAGGAGUGAACAAUUGGCGACAUCCUCCGCAAACUUCAAAAUGAAUGCUCGUCGAGUGCAGCGUAAAUUCUGUAUGCUUAAUGCCAAGUGGACGAUUAUCUCAAUCAUUUUCGUUCUUGUUUUGGUCACAAUCGCCAUUCUUUUGAUUCUGAACUGGGCUGGUGUGUUCAACAAGAAA